GUUACUCUGUGUUACUGCGUAAGUGGAAAUUGCCUCUACCUCAUGUUGCCCAUUGUUGGACUAUUCCAUUCUAUGAACAGCUGCGUUAAAGUGCUCAUAUCCCAUUUCACGGCAUGUUGUUUGUCACCGAAGUCCUUCACCAAUGAGAUUCGACUGAGAGGAGUCAGAGGAUACUUUUUCCAUUGGCACAUGCCAGGUUCUUUAGUUCGAUUUUCCUCCCUCAAAGAUGCUCCUUUGCGCCACUAACAAACUCCAUUCCUUUCGCACCGCCAGAGUCCCACUUCCUCAAAUUCGUCGUAUGCACCCUUACGCUUUGGGCUUCGAAAACGCACCGGAAACACGAGUUCCAGUCGACCUCACCAUCCAUGGUUCAAUUCCUCCUUGGUUGUCCGGUGUCCUCUAUCGAACAGGUCCAGGAACUUACAGGAUACCCACUUCCAAUCACUCCUCAAAGACAGUCGAUAUUCAACAUUGGUUUGACGGACUCAGCAUGAACCACCGUUUCGAGAUAUUCCCAGGCGGUCAGAGAGUCUCUUAUCGUUCUCGAAAGGCAUCGGAGGACUACGAACAGCACAUCUCGGAGCAGGGAAAGAUACCCGGAAUUUCAUUUGCUCAACAGCCCGACAUUUGUGAAAGCAUCUUCAAGAAGUUCUUUACGGUUUUCCAACAGAUGCGUUCCCCUCCUACAUCAGGUGGUUCUCCCUCCAGCAUCAAUGUACAAGUGACAUUGACCCCGGAUAUGCCUGGCUGGAACAAAAUCACUCCAGACCUUUCGUUGUCUCACCAGACAUCUGGACCCCAGUAUAUCGUGGCCAAGACAGAUGCCGAAGGUCUUCAGCUGCUGGAUCCUGUUUCCCUCGAGCCUCUCUCAUCCGCUAAUUACAAAGCUUUGGAUACACGCCUUGACGGACAACUAAGCGCCGCUCACUCUUGUCGCGACAAAGAGACUGGUGACUUUUUCAACUACUCAUGUAAACUCGGUGGCCGUUUCCCCACAUACAAGGUCUUCAGAAUUACCCAGGACGGUUCUGUUGAUAUCUUGGCUGAAAUCAAGGAUGCGCCUGCUUCAUAUUUGCAUUCCUUCGCAAUGACCUCCAAGUACGUGGUGCUUACGGUAUGGCAAGCACAUAUUACAGGGUACGGCUUGUCAGUGCUGUACAAUCGGAAUAUCGCCCAGUCGAUCGACAAGAAAUGGAACCCCAAUCUCAACACGUUGUUCUACGUCCUUGACAGGAAGAACGGUGGCAUUGUCGCGAAGUACGAGACUUCGCCGUUCUUCUGCUUCCACCACCUGAACGCUUUCGAUGAUCCUCAAAACGAUGACAUCGUGAUCGACAUGUCCGUCUACGAGGAUAACUCAGUCAUCGAUCUCCUCCACCUUAAUAAACUUCGAAAUCUUUCCGCCGACAAUCCGAUGCUUAUGGGUCGUGCUCGUCGAUUCCGCUUGCCUGCCAUCACUGCGUCUUCGCCACAGUCUUCCCGUACGAAAGCUCGUCCGGCUGUGGUUGAGUUCACGCUACCGCAAUCCGAAUGUAUCGAAUUACCAACUGUCCAUCCCGCCAAGUACCAUCAUCCCUAUCGCUACGCGUAUGGGAUCAAUAAACUCGACCCACGUUCUCAUCAUACUUUUGCGGACCGCAUCAUCAAACUGGAUAUGGUCGGUCGUGGUCACAAAGCUUGGGGCAUUCCUGGGUAUACUCCCAGUGAACCCAUUUUUGUCCCUCGACCGGGAGCUGAAUCCAGGUCUGAAGAUGAUGGUGUAGUUCUCAGUGUCGUGUUGGAUGGAGACAGGAGGAAGAGUUUGUUAAUUAUUCUGGACGCAAAGGAUAUGUCGGAGCUGGCGAGGGCAGAGAUGGAGACGGUGUUUCCGAUUGGCUUCCAUGGUCUUUGGUCUCAAAAACUUUAGUAUCUAACCAACCGUUGUUUGGCUCUUUUUCUUCUCCUGGGACUUGGGUGUUGCAACUUAGGCGAUAUCUCUAGAUCAGUAACGAAAACUCAGAUAAAGUCAUACUGCCCUUAUAACCUUGUCGUUUGUUCGUACUACCACGUACUGUAAUCUAUUGGAUACAUGAGUAAGGGAGUCCGUUUGGUCAGCCUCCAGCUGUCAACAUCACGG